ACUUAACAAUGCUAAAUAACUUCAAAACUAAAUAAAUAAAAACAGAAGAAAAGGAUCGUAUAAGAGAAGAAUAGCGCAGAGCGGUUGAUCUCUGGGAUUGAAGAAAGAAAGAUCAAAGAUGAGAGUAGCGCUCUUCCUUUCGAUUUCAUUUUCUCUGUUUCACUUUCUCUUAGCCGAACAAGUCUUACAGUUUCACGUCGGAGGUGGCUCAUUUGCUCGAAGCUCUCGUGAACCAAAAUACAAUAUCAAAUUUCAUUCUGAAGACUCACCAUAUCAUCCUGAAGAUGACCAAGAGUCUGUGGUGAUGCCCAAUAACAAUGGGCAGAAUUACUUAUGUUACUUACCUAAGGUAGAAAAAGUCAAGAGUGGAAAGACGGUUACGCAGCAUAAUAUCAGCAGCAUGAUAGUAGAGAGUGAGAAAAGGAUUAAGUUGAAGACACCAGAUGAGUUGCUUGAAGAACUCAGGGAUCGAUGCUUUGUUAGACAAGAAGGUUGGUGGUCAUACGAAUUCUGCUAUCCAAAAAGAGUACGGCAACUUCAUUUGGAGGAGGAAAAGGUAGUUCAAGAGUUCAUUCUCGGUGAGUAUGAUGCAGAGGCUACAGCCGCUUACAAUCAGAAUCUCUCAGACAUAUCAACACUUAAGGACCCUCGCUCAAAAGAUGCAUCCCAAAGGUAUCAUGCUCAUCAAUAUACAAACGGAACCUUAUGUGAUCUUACAAAUCAACCACGAGAGACUGAGGUAAGAUUUGUAUGCUCAGAACCGAGAGCUAUGAUAAGUUCCCUUACAGAGCUAUCUACUUGCAAGUAUGCACUUACAGUUCGAAGCCCAAUGCUGUGUCAGCAUCCCUUGUUUCAAGCUGAGAGACCAGUGUGGUACACCAUUCACUGUAACGAGCUUCCUAAGGAUAAGGAAACUAGAGUGGCCGAAGAGUUCCAGAAGAGUAAGCAGAUUGUUACAGUUGCUGAGGACGAAGAUACAUCUAACGAUUUGUCUUGACCGACAUAAAACAAAUGUGUAUACACACACAAGAUCUUUGCUGAUGUCAAUCAAAAUGAGGCCUACAUAAUUUGUAGUUGUCUUACUUUUCAACUAGACAGAUCCUAUAUAUUUUCAGGAUUUGUAUAACCUGUCUGUGUAGUAUGUAGUUGCCAUUUAUUUGAGAGAUCAUUUUGAAAGAAGAAACUAAGUAGAGUUGUACAUGAAAACCGAUGCUUGUCAAUCUAUGUUGCCCAUUUGGCCAGAAAAAUAUGUGCUUGGUUUUGGAUAUGUAGUCUGUAAUUUUGUCACCUGGCCUGAGCAAUUGGUGGAACUAACAAAAAAAAAAAAAAAAGAAAUAGAUUACAAGAUGGGUAUUUAUUUAUU